AUUAUUAUUAUCCAUGUUGCCAAACAAGGUCAAAAUUUAUAAGAUGUGAAAAUUGAUAAUGUUGCUUAGUUCAAAACAGGUUCCAAGAACAUAGCCCUAAUUAUAGCAUCAUUAACAAGUGCAAGGCUUAAUUCAGCUCAAAAGAGGCAUAGAUGUCAAUACACACACACACACAAAAAAAAGGAGAAUGCCAAACAACAAAGGGGUUAUCAUCAAAGUAUACAUAGAAUCAAGAAAACUUCGAUCAGAUCAGAAAACAGAUCCGAUCAAGAAAUUAAAUCCCAACCGUUCAUCUUCUAAGCCUCGUGUUUUCGAAACAGGAGGCUACAGCAGGCGGGCCCAGCUUCUCGCCUACUCUCAAGAGCUAAGGCAUGGGGCCAAUGCACCACAGCCACAAAAAUCAAGGCGAAAACCAAACAAAUGGAAAUGGACACUUCAUGCACCGAAGAAAAUCAGAGUAAUAUUUACGCGGCUUAAUUGGAUAAAGAAGAAAUGGAAGUAUGAGCGCAUUGUUAGUGAUCAUGAGGAAUAUUAUAGUGAUGUCGAAGGAUCGUGCAAUCGAGAAAAUAUGAAGGGUAGAAGAAGAUAUUCUCAUUGUUGUAAGAGAUUGAGGUGUUUCUUGAAGGAGAUGUGCAGGGCCUGGAAAUGCAAAAAUGGAGGCUGCUGAUUGGUUAAUCUGUCAAAGCAAAAAAGCUUGCAGAUAUUUGACACACAGUAUUUAGUAAAUUUGGAGUUUUAUUGAAUUUCGUUUGGUUUUUGUCUGAACAGCUGCAUGCAGUAUUUUUCAUGAUAUGAUAUUUUUCCUUUUCCGCAUUAUUUUUCUGAAUUUUUACUUAAGGGAUUUG